AUGACUCCAAUCUGCCUUUUCCUCCUCUUCCUCUCGUGGACAGCCAUUCCUGCGGGAGCAAUUGAUGACGAAAUUCCAAUAGAGGAGUUGGACACCUCUCAAACCAUCGCCAGAGCUAAUGACGGCAUUGAAACACUCCUCGUGCACGGCGACAUUGUUCCAAGCACUCAGAGGAAUGCAGAUCCCUGCGUUAAAACAGGCUGCAAGUGGUUCAAACGUGGAGGCAUCGUCCGAGUGCCCGUCGCCAUCUCCUCCGCAUACACCAGAGCAGAGCGCAACAUCAUCAUCAAAGGCCUGGUGACCUUCCACAGAUCCACAUGCAUCCGCUUUGUCUGGAGGCGCAGGCAGAGACAAUACCUCCACUUCUUCUCUGGAACUGGGUGUUGGUCCUACCUGGGCCGUCAACGUACUGGACAGCCGGUCUCCCUGAAGAAGAACGGUUGUCUGUACACGGACACGGUGCAGCACGAGGUUCUCCACGCUCUGGGCUUCCAUCACGAGCAGGUCCGCUCCGACAGAGACGACUACGUCAACAUCCUCUCCGAGAACAUCUUGCCAGGAAUGGCAAGAAACUUUGAGAAGCAGCCGACCAACAACUUGGGAACUCCCUACGACUUUGAUUCCGUCAUGCAGUACAGCAAAUACGCCUUCUCCAGCAACGGGGAGCCGACCAUCACCUCCAAGGACGACCCCGAACUUGAAUUUGGACGCGUCACAGAGAUGAGCAAAAACGAUAUCGCCCGCGUCAACGCUCUCUACGAAUGCAGUUGAAAGAACACGAAAUGAUGGGGUCGGCCUCCAGAUCCUUCAACCCUGGUCAUGAUGUCACCAAAGAUCCAGAUCUGAUGGACUGCAAGAAUAUAGAGAACCUGUUCCCUCAUCUCAAAUUCAAUGUGUUUUUAAAAUAGGUUUUUGGUUAGAGGUCUGAAAUAAGAUCAGUAUCAGAGUAUUGAAUCUACUACUACCACAAAACUGUGUAACGAGUGGUUCAAAUAUACUUUGUCUUUGUCACAGCUAUUGGAAAUUGGGUGCAAACACAUGCAAUAACUUAAAAUAAUGAUUCAUAAUAUCAUCAGGACAACUUGGAGGCAAAAUGUCUUCUAAUAUGUUUUGCAGUUUUUGAAUGUUGUGGGAUCUGUCUUUUGUGUGUACUUGAUAUUUUUCCAUUUGUGAUUUAUAGUCAAUUACUUUUUCUUCAUCUCUGAAAUUAAUUAAGCAAUAAAAAACUACAGC